GACAACCCUUUGCCUGAUACGGGCAGCCGGAUUUGGAGUUGUGUUGCUUGCUGGAGGGCAGUAGUAUCAAACUGACGAAGUAGCUGUCUGUUUCACGGCAGCUUCUCUUUAUUGUCAUCACAUACACAGACUCUUCGACCAACAACAGCGAUUGAUUUUACCCUCCCACUCAUCUUCCUCCAUUCAUUUAUAUAUACUACAAGUUUCCCGAUAUUUUCCAACUCUCUCCCCGACAGCGACAGCACCACUAGUAGUAGUGCUGUUUGCUUUGCUCUUGUCUCCCCUUCACUCGCUGCUCUUCUGCUAGGGAAUUCUCACAAGACACGGACUUACGUUGGCUUGGCUUUAACUUGGUUCUACUGAUCUGAAAUCUGUGUGUUCUCUUUCUCUGCCUGGUCUCAAAAAUCCUAAAACAAAAUCCCACAUGGGAUUGGGGCUGAUUGGCAAAGCAAGUUGGAUAAAGAAGAAGACUUUCAAGCCCCAACAAUCAAUAUGGAAUCACAAUUGGCUCGAAUUCAGCAAUCCCUCAAUGCCAGGUACUCUCUCUGGGUGCGAGAAGCUCUCGAUGAAUUGCAUCACAAUUUCACCAUCACUGACCCCACCAUUUCGGGUCACCCUAUAGUGUUUGCAAGCCCUGGGUUCCUUAAAAUGUCGGGUUUUUCGAGAGAGCAAGUGGUGGGGAACAACGGCAGGAUAUUUCAAGGCCCCAAGACUAACAGAAAAACAGUUAUGGAGAUCCGGGAGGCAAUUCGCGAGGAGAGGGCGGUGCGGGUUCGUUUGUUGAAUUAUCGGAAAGAUGGGACGCCCUUUUGGAUGUUGUUUCAGAUGAGCCCUGUUUUUAGCAAGGAGGAUGGCGGCGUCGUUCAUUUCAUUGGGGUUCAGGUGCCUAUACGGAGAAACAAAAAAUUAACUGAUGAUGGGGCUGAUGCUGCUUGUAACGAGAUUGCUUUUGGUUCCUGCAGGAGAGAGGUUUGCUCUGAUUCUUUGGUGGAAUUGACACGAGUUUUGGCAUUGGAUACGGAUACCAAUUGUAAAGGAGUAAAGAUUGAAGAGUCAUGCGAGGCAAGCGAACUAGAGAAGCAAAGAGCUGCAACUGCCAUUAAUAAAAUCUUGUCCGUGCUAACCCGCUAUAGUGAGUCAACUGGCAGAAUGGUGUGUGGAAAAAGGUGCAGCUUACCGGCGGCUGGCCUCAUUAAUUCAUCUUUAAAUAUAUCUCUUGGUAGAAUCAAGCAAAGCUUUGUAUUGAUAGAUCCACACUUGCCUAACAUGCCUGUAGUUUACGCAAGUGAUGCCUUCUUAAAACUGACAGGUUAUGAUAGACAUGAAGUGUUAGGACGUGAUUGGAAUUUUCUCAAUGGAGUUGAUACAGAUUCCUCAAUUUUGCUUCAGAUACAGGAAAGCAUUCAGGUUGAGCAACCAUGCACAGUAUGUAUCUUAAAUUACAGGAAAGACAAGAGUACAUUUUGGAAUCUUCUUCACAUGUCACCUGUUCGUAAUGCUACUGGCAAGAUAGCAUGCUUUGUGGGUGUUCAGAUGGAAGAAAAAUGUAAGAGCCAGGACAGACGUGGGCUGAGUCCUGAGAUUAGGCAGCUUGGUGCUGUUGGUGCAGUCAAGGUAGCUGUAAGGAGCUUAUCGAUAGGUGCUAGCUGCUCCAGUUCAUCAGAUGGUUUCAAUAAUCUUUGAAGCUGAUUGUUACAUGGUCCAUCUUUUUUAGUUUAUAAUUCCGUGUGAAGCUAGCUGUAUAGAAUGAAAUUAGGGCAAUAACUUGAGGCACUGGUGGACGUUUUUGGAUAUAUGCAAAUGGUUCCUUUAUGUGAAA